AUAAGGUUGAAAGCAUGGGUAUAUCAAAAUGUGAAAAAUCAGAAAUUAUGAAAAUAUGAAAAAUCAUAAAAAUAUUAAUCAUAAUAAAAAAUACUCUGAAAAAUUUUAACCAAAUUCGUAAUAUAAAUGUCUAUACCAUUUUGUCAGUGCACGUACUCGUAUAAGCUCAGGAACGAAUGCGAGCACGCAUACGGCUCAGCUAACAGUUACAAUAGAAAGCGCCACGAAGACCCCGAUUAUGUGGAUGAGCAUGCCUUGCACUUCAUACGCACAUUCAGCGAUGAGACGCAUAAAAAUUAUUUGUUAGCUCGUCACUUGAAGGCCACUUCGAACGGACAGUGGAAAACGUUGCAAUGGCUUAUGCAAGGAGACUUGGAUGCGGUCUUGGACAAGCGGAUGGCUAAAAAGACAUUUGGUAAAGGUGCAGAAACCGCAAGAACUGCAAAAACCACAAAGACCGAAAAGACCGCAACUACAUACGCCGGCGAGGAGAAGUUCGAUAAGUCCUUAUAUGUGCCUUUAACCAAAUAUUUUGAUCCGGAAAGUAUUGAACAAUUAGUCCCCCAGAGACAAAAAUCUAAACAUGUUUUAGACUACACCGUGAAGAGAAUCAAAGCUGAUAAGCAAGAUCUGGAUGUUCAUGCUAGUAAAAUUGAAGAAAAAGAGUUUAAAAUAUUUCCAGACAAUAUGAAACGCGGUCUUGGCACUAUAGGCAUUCCGCGUAUUGAUAAGGAUCUCGAGCGAACUGGGCGAAAAUCAUAUCCAAUAGCCGGUUAUGUAAAAAGUUAUCGGCGUAGUAUAGAGAAGAUUAAAAUGAAGAGCUUCAUACAAACAAUGAACCAAUUCUACGCAGAUAUUACCGAACCGCCACCAGUCGAUACAGACAGCGUGGAAGAGUUGAGACAAACUAUAGAAGAGGAAUUCUAUAGAGCUUUCUCAUAUAAGAUGCCCGCUGAGAUGCCAGAGGAGGAAACAAAGAUGCGUCUUUCUGCGGUUAUCAGAAUUCUAAAGACCAUGCCAGGCUAUGAAGCUUUUGAGCGUGUUUUGUUUCAUGAGCCUUUUGAUCGCGACAAACCAUGGACCUGGCUGCGUAGUUUCCCGAAACGUAUUCCUAAGGAAUAUUUGAAAAGAAUAUCAGAGAAUAUUGUAAAUGAUAUGAAAAAGUGGAAACGCCAGCAGAAGAUUAUUGCCAUGACAUAUGCUCCACUCAGACGAACAGCUAUAGGUGGUAUAAAAAAUCUCAGGCUUCGAAAGAAGCGUGGACGGAAGAAUUUAAGAAGUCAAAACACAAAAGAGGACCAAGACGAUGACGACUAUUAAGUGCGUGGAAUGUUGACACAUAAAGCAGCAGG